AUGAGCCUGAAAUCAGAGAUGAAAAGCUAAAGAAGGUAGGGAGUCAAAGAUGAAUAAGAGGAAUCAGAAGAAGAAGAAGAACCAAAUAUUGGCAUGACUCCUAAUGAAGAAUAAAUCUAAUUAAAAAAAAGGAUUUAUAGAUGCAGAGAAGAAUACUACUAAUAAAAGAAGGACUUUUUAAAAGUUAAACAAAAGACAGUUUAAGAAAUAGAGGAUGAAAAUAAAGAAUUUGAAAAGCUAUUAAAGAAUAGAAGCCUGAAGAUUAAGAAAUAUUAUAAAGGUUUGGGGAAGGAAAGAGAAUCGGAUGAGAUAGAUAAAUUCCUAAGGAAAUAUAUAUUAACAAAAGAUUGA